UCCACUUCAUCUGUUCCUCAUUUGCCCUUUUCCCCAUCGUUAAUGAAACUCCCAUUUCUUCAGCGCCACAUCUUACUCAAACCUUCGAGCUCAAUCCAUGGCAUGGAUCGAUCUUUAAUCUCCAUUAACUCAAUUGUUACCAUUCAUUUUUACCGGCUCAACAAAUUUAUAUGAAAACAAUUAUUAGCUUCCUGAAGUAUUGGCUUUCUAUCAAUGAUUCUCUUGUAGUCACUGAUCAUUCUCUUGCGAUCGGACAAGAAUUCCCUGAUGUUGAAACUUGCCGAAGAGCACUGAAAGAUAUUGCAAUAGCUUUGCAUUUUGACCUUCGCAUAGUAAAGUCAGACCGCAGCCGUUUUAUUGCUAAGUGUUCCAAAGAGGGUUGCCCCUGGCGUGUUCAUGUUGCAAAACUUUCUGGUGUUUCAACGUUUACUAUUAGAACACUUAACUCAGAACACACAUGUGAAGGAGUUUGUAAUCUCCAUCAUCAGCAAGCUUCCGUUGGUUGGGUUGCACGAUCAGUAGAAUCUCGAAUCAAGGACAAUCCACAAUACAAGCCCAAGGAAAUUUUGAAAGAUAUACGCGACCAACAUGGGGUUGCUGUGUCAUAUAUGCAAGCGUGGCGUGGGAAAGAACGCAGUAUGGCUGCUCUUCAUGGAACUUUUGAAGAUGGAUUCCGUCUUCUUCCAGCAUAUUGUGAACAAAUUAGGAAUACUAAUCCUGGAAGCAUUGCCACAGUUGUUGCAACAGGGCAGGAUAAUUGCUUCCAAAGACUCUUUGUCUCUUAUCGUGCAUCCAUAUAUGGCUUCAUAAAUGCUUGUAGGCCACUCUUAGAACUUGACCGAGCACAUCUAAAAGGAAAAUACUUGGGGACACUACUAUGUGCUGCCGCUGUUGAUGCAAAUGAUACACUAUUUCCUUUAGCAAUUGCUGUUGUGGAUAUGGAAACCAAUGAAAAUUGGAUGUGGUUCAUGUCAGAGCUAAGGAAGCUUCUUGGAGUUAAUACUGAAAACAUGCCUAAGCUGACAAUACUGUCCGAUAGACAAAGGGGCAUUGUUGAAGCAGUGGAGACGCAUUUUCCAAGUUCUCACCAUGGCUAUUGUCUCCGAUUUAUCAGUGAAAACUUCCGUGAUACAUUCAAGAAUUCAAAAUUAGUGAAUAUUUUCUGGAAUGCUGUGUAUGCAUUAACAGCAGCUGAAUUUGAAAGCAAGAUAUCUGAAAUGAUAGCAGUAAACUACGAUGUGGUGACAUGGUUUCAGCAGUAUCCACCACAGCUUUGGGCUGUUGCAUACUUCGAGGGAGUCAGGUAUGAUCAUUUCACUGUAAGCAUUACUGAGCUAUUGUAUAAUUGGGCUCUUGAAUGUCACGAGCUUCCAAUAGUUCGAAUGAUGGAACACAUUCGUUGUCAAUUGGUUACAUGGUUUGAUGAACGGCGUACCUUGGGCAUGGCAUGGAACUCCAUUCUAGUGCCAUCUGCCGAGAAGAAGAUCUCUGAAGCAAUUGCAGAUGCUCGUUGUUAUCAAGUGCUUCGAGCAAAUGAGGUUGAGUUUGAAAUCGUGUCAACGGAGCGUACGAACAUCGUUGAUAUAAGAGAUCGGGUUUGUUCAUGUAGGCGUUGGCAACUUUACGGGAUACCAUGUGCACAUGCUGCUGCAGCUCUCAUCUCUUGUGGGCAAAAUGCUCAUAUGUUUGCAGACCCAGGCUUUACAGUUGCAAGCUACAGGGAAGCUUAUUCUCAAAUUAUAAUGCCUAUUCCUGAUAGGAGUCAUUGGAAUGAGCAAGGUGAGGGAGUGGAAGAGGGUCGAGGCGCCAAAGUUGAAAUCGUAAUAAGGCCGCCUAAAACUCGACGACCACCUGGUAGGCCAAAGAAGAAGUUGUUACGUGUAGAGAAUUUAAAGCGGCCAAAAAGGAUAGUUCAGUGUGGUCGCUGCCAUAUGUUGGGCCAUUCUCAGAAGAAAUGCUCUUUGCAACUUUAAAAUUUUAGUUUCAUUUUAUUUAUUGAUUUUGUAUAUUUUCCCGGAUUGUGUAAUGUUGUACCAUGAAUGUCUUUUAACCAAUGUAAAGAGUAACUUAUGGUUAAUGGGCCUGUAGGGCAUUCCAAGUGAA